AUGAUACCAGACGGAUUUGGACCUGCCUCUGAAACGUUUGCCAGACAACUUUAUCAACAAGAGAUGCGCAAUAUGCACAGCAAAAAAGUGAUAGAAUUGCCUCUUGAUUCCAUCAUCGUUGGAUCGGUUGAAACGUCUCCGCUUAACMUUGGAAGCUUCAUUAGAGAUCCUCAAUCAGCCUUUGGGACUCCGAUUACUGAUAGUGCCGCUGGGGCUACUGCAUAUUCUUGCGGCAUAAAAACAUUUAAUGGGGCCAUUGCAGAUUUUUAUGUUGUAGUUGAUGGGAAAAAAAAGCCUUGCGGAACGAUCUUAGAAGCAGCCAAGUUAAGUGGAAUGAGGACUGGGAUGGUUGUUACAAGUAAGGUUGCAGAUGCCACUCCAGGCUCCUUUUGGGCGCAUGCCUUGCACAGAAACAUGGAAAGUCUCAUUUCUGAAUACAUGGUUGGAAUGCACGGGAUAAAAAAGAUGAAUGACGUUCUGAUUGGAGGCGGUCUUUGUUCUUUCGUACCUGGAGGCUCGGUCUCUAUUUUUUCAAAUUUAAAUUUUUCUUUUUCAGUUGAAUCUUCCAGGAUUGAUUCUAAAAAUCUGCUAGAAUAUGCGAAAAAUCAUCACAAUGCUUCUAUUUAUACAUCGAUUUCCGAUAUCAACUCAUCAAAUAUGACCUCUAGACACCCCGUUCUUGGAUUACUUGCAGCAGAGAACAUGGAAUACGAGAUUGAUAGGCAUUUAAAGAAUGAACCUUCGCUUUCGGAAAUGACCAGCACUGCUUUGAAGCUUCUUGCUCCGAUAAAUGAAGAAGAACGCACAAAGGGCUUUGUUUUGGUAGUUGAAGGCUCCAAAAUUGAUAUGGCUGCACACAAAAAUGACGGCCCUGCACAUUACCGUGAGAUUAUGGCAUUUCAAGAGGCAGUAAGCGUUGCAAUUUCGUUUGCCAACAGCAAUCCAAAUACCUUAGUUGUUGUGGUAUCCGACCAUGAAACCGGUGGGCUAUCGGUGGGUCGUCAGUUGAACAUCAAUGUACCGCCAGAUUACGUUUGGUUUCCCGAUGAAAUUUUGCGCGUCAAACAUUCACUCUCUUUUAUGGUUCAAUCGGCAACCAGAUUUUUGAAACGAAGAAACCUUAAAAGGAGGCCUCUUUAUAAAUCCACGCGGAAUCAAGGGUAUCAAGAGGAAACGGCAUGGUUUGAAGAGUCUCUCCUGGAGGAAUUCAUAAUUAAAGAUAUCUUUGUCGAAGGCCUAGGCCUAGAUCCCUCCGAUCAGCGACUAGCUGAUGGUGCUUUACUGAAAUUGCUAAUUGAUAACAUUGAAAAUGAGGUCAUUUUUACGGGCAUCUUAUCACAAUUCAUUUCAAAAAGCGCCCGAAUCUCGUGGGCCACCAGUGGGCAUUCUAGCGUUGAUGUAAACCUUCAUGCAUAUGGUUAUGCUUCGUCUCUAUUGAGAGGGUUCCAUGCCAAUAAUGAAAUUGGUCUUUUUUUGGUAAAUCUUUUGGAUUUGGAUCUCGACCGUGUGACUAGCGCAAUCCGUCAAAGGUAG